AUGAACGCCGCCAGGUACACUCGCAUUGAAGAGUCGCCGUCUGUCCUUUCCCGGGUGGCUAGAUCCGCUGCCGCUUGCCUCGGGUGUUCGAUGAGGCCUCCUGACAGAUCACCAUCUGAAGAGAUUCCACGCGCCGAUGGCGCCAUCCGUCUCCAUCAAGUCAACCCCGACAAGACCGAGUACAAUACAGACAUCGAUAUAAUCGCCAUCCACGGCCUGAACACAAGAUCGCCAGGGACGUGGACGUGGCGGCGUCCGACACGAUUCUGGGCAAGAAUAUGGGCAUCGCACCCAGAAGAGCCCGGCGUCAAUUGGUUGCAGGAUGAGCGCAUGCUCCCAGCUCAAGUGGGAAAUGCUAGGAUUUUUACCUGCGACUGGCCCGCUGAUCUAUACCAGCCGUCAGACUUGGUGUCACAAGGUCUGGACAAGUAUUCUGAAGUUCUACUACACGGCAUCCAAGGCCAGCUGAUGCAACCAUCCGACUCGACGAGUGAAGACCGCCCACUCUUCUUCAUCGCGUCGUGCUUCGGGGGCAUCGCUCUCAUCAAUGCUCUUGUCAAUGCCAAUGAUAUGGGCAAGCCUUGUAAACGCAUCGAGAAGGCGACGCAGGGCAUCAUUUUCCUGGCGACCCCAUUCCGAGGAACUUCGUUCAAGAACAUAUCGUACUGGGCGCAGCCGAGCCUUGCAGCUUCGGCCCACAUUCAAGGUCGCGAACUCACUCAGUUCAUAAAAGAGCUGGGAGGGUCAACUGAAUUUCUUGAGAAACUCGUGCGGAAUUUUUCCCAACUAUGGAUGGAGGAACGUGAUUCUUCUCGCCUGUGUUGUUUCUACGAACGUAGGCGAACAAAAUUGUUGAGAAAAGUGCUCCCAGCCUGCUUUCUCCGCGGCGAGCUGUUGGUUAGUAGCUCCUCGGCGAAACUAGAUGUAGCCCAAAGUUUGCCGCUUGAGCGAACACAUGUGCUCAUGAACAAAUUCGAAGGGCCUGACUGUGGUCAAUAUGAAAGGGUUGUCGGGCAGAUCAAAAACAUACUCGGAUCUAUACGUGAGAACACGCCUCUCCAACAAGCAGACAAUAUGAUUGUCAAAGAAUAUUGUGACAAGGACAGACUCACAAUCACGCGCCUUUCGGGUGCUCAACUAAAGUUGGAGCAUUGCUACAUCAACCUCACCAUUGCGGAAAAGCAGAGCAGUACAGUCAUGCAGACUGACUUUGGGUCUUCGCCCGUCUCACGUCUCGCUCGAGAAGGAGUCGAGACAGUCGAUCAAAGAUUGGUGGUACGUUUGAAAGAUGUUUUCAAAGCGCGCAACGGGACAGAUAAAACCCCCACACGUCCUCAAAGGGUCUUGAUUCGAGGGCGUGCUGGAGUAGGGAAGACAACCUUGUGCAAAAAGAUUGUGCAUGAAUUUGUCACAAAGCAGAUGUGGUGUGACAUAUUUGACCGCAUACUCUGGAUACCUUUGAGACACCUCAAACGUUCAGAACGGACAAGCCUUGCUGGGUAUAACAUGGAGAGGCUCCUUCUAGACGAAUUCUUUUACCGCAAUGAUUACAGCAACAAUCAGGGCUCCAAAGCGUUUGCCAAGAAGAUCUUGCAGGCGAAGAAAGACAAUCGGACACUAUUUCUCCUUGACGGAUGGGACGAAGUGGAUCAGCUCGCGAACAGCGAGUCGGAUAUGCAACGCUUUCUGGUGAAAGAGCUUUACGAGGAAGCUAAUGUUAUCAUCACAACCCGUCCAUCCGCCAGUCUUCCUGUCCACAAGCCAUUCCAUUUGGAGCUGGAAACAAUUGGAUUUGAUGACACUCAGAUACAGUCAUACGUCAACAUGGCAAGUGAAAAAUGUGCAGGCGACAUCUUUCGGUUCCUGGAACAGUAUGAACUUGUCGAGAGCCUCGUUCGCAUCCCUGUUCAAUUGGACGCUCUUUGCUUUUGCUGGGACGACAGUCCCAUUGCUUACGAUAAUACACCGGAAACAAUGACUAUCCUCUACCAAAACAUGCAAACGAGCUUGUGGAAAAAAGACAUUGCUCGUCUUGACAAGAGGAUUGACGGGAACAAGGUCCAAUUGUCGGAUUUGGUACUAGAGGAUCAAUAUUUCAUUGAAAAGCUUGUUGAGAAGGAGCUGCAUUUUCUCGAAUCCCUAGCUUUUUGGGGGCUACUUGAAGACUUGGUUGAGUUCGAGCUGCCACAUCGAAAUACAAUCAACAAGUCCUUCAGACUUCCACUGGCUAAAGUACUGCCAGCACUCUCAUUUCUCCGCACUUCAGACCCCAACGCCAAUGACAAUUACGUCAGCUAUCAUUUCAUUCACCUGACCUACCAAGAGUACUAUGCUGCACGUUUUUUUACGAGACACUGGGUCGAAGAGAAAAGAAUGAAGUGCCCUUCCUUCAGCAAAGAACGCGAUGAAGAUAUUCAUCCUGUUGAGUUUCUGCAGCAGCAUAGAUAUAAUCCACGCUAUAACAUCAUGUGGCGUUUUGUGGCUGGUCUCCUGAAUACAGAAUAUGAGGUACUCAAAUUUCUUGGAGUGGUCGAACAACAGCUCGACUUACUGGGGCCUUCUCACCAACGGAUUAUCAUGCAGCUCCUGAGCGAAAUAUCGCCGUCCAGGAUAAAGAUUGACGCAAAGCGUGCCAGUCUUGAACGUGAUUUGUCAAACUUGCUUUUGCUUGAGAUUCAAGUCUCUGGCAGAAUGAAUCUUUCAUGGGAGGCUGAAUUCCCCCAAACCGUUCUUGAAAUGGCGUUUCGAGAGGCGAACGAAAGUUGCAAGUGUGAUAUUAUGGCUAGCUUGAUAGGUACACAAGUACCGCCAGACUUUGUUCUCAAAUUCGCCCACCCCGAUCGCCCGGAUGACAUUAUUUGCGUCUUAAAGGCUCUAUUCAGCCGCACUGCGUUGCCGGAGCGGUUUGCUUAUUACCUUGCAGAGCGUUAUCUAGAAUUGGAGAGAAAGUCAACAGUAUGGGGCAUCUUACUAAAGGAGACGAAUGAGACGACGCUGUCUCAAGCGUUUUACACCCAUCUCUUAGCGAGAUUACAAGGACACUUUCGGAAAGAAGAGCGAGACAUCUUCCAAAAAACUGCUCACCACCAGUCCGAAUUUCCUCAGGCAUUUAUCGAAGCGCUUCUGGACCUUGUCCUGAAUUCAACCCGGGAGGAGGGCGAAUGGAACGAUAUAUUUUACUGGCCAGAAGUGAUCCAGGAGGCCGCCUUCGCGCGACUCAAGUCCACAAACGUUCCCAAAAUUCGAGGGGCUGGUUUCUGGGCCUUCCGGAAUGUAGCCAGAAACUCGUCGCUCGGCAAGGAACGGUGUCGCAAAAUCGCUAACGAGCUUCUUGGGUGUCUUGAAUACCUCGGUAUCGAUAUGCCCGACGAUAUUUUGUGGUGCUUCUCAAGUGCACUAGAAGUACCAGCAGCGAGUUUGAAAGCUGUUGUCAAACGGCUGGAUGGCUCAACCGCCACUCAGGCACACGCUUUGAGAGUCCUUUCUCGGCUAAGCGAUCUCCCUGAAGAAAUUAUUAGGGCCGCCACUCAGCGCUUGGAGAGUUCAGCGCCGAGAGUAAGAAAGGCUGCUUUCAAUGUCUUGGAUGCUCAAGAAAUACUGCCAAAACACGUUUGCUUGGCUAUUAUCAGGCGGCUUCCCGAUGUUGGGCCACACGACCGAGCAGAGUCUAUGCCUAACUUGCAUAAAUUCGAACCAUGCGAAAGCAUGAUCCAAGCUCUGAAUGAGCAACUAAAAGACUUUAAGCCUGAGGUAGUAAAGGCUUCUCUUAUAUUCAUUGGACAGCUAGGUCAAGUGCCAGAAACACUUUGCGGGGUUAUGAUGGAGCUACUUGCACAUUCAUCGGAAGAUAUACGGGAAUCCGCCGCAUGGUCCUUGAAAAAGGGUACCAUACAGGGGAUUGAUAAGUACCUGUUAUACCCAAAGCCUGAAGUACGAAUGGCUGCCCUCGCAGCGGUAACCUCGCAAAAUGUACUACCAGAUGAAGCUCUUAGGGCGAUUGUUAGGCUCCUUACAGACCCAAAGCCCGAAGUACGAGUGGCUGCCCUCGAAGCGCUAAGAACACAAAAUAUACUACCAGAUGAAGUUCUUAGGGCGAUGUUUGGGCUCCUCACAGACUCUAUGCAAAAAGUACAAGAGACUGCCUUUGGAGUGGUAGGCCGUCAAAGGAGUCUACCAGAUGAAACUCACAGGGCGAUUGUUGGGCUCCUUACGAGCUCUGAGCAAUGCUGGGCUAUAGGCGUCUUGCGACACCAGCAUCAUUUAACUGCAAAAACUUUGGAAGAGAUGGUCGAGCAGCUGAAAAAUUCCGACGUGCAUAUGCGGGACAGAAUUCUCGCUUUAUUAACCCAGAAAUGGGCAGAGUCUGGGCGCAUAUUGUCUGACGACAUUGUUCAAGGCCUCUGUGGCUGGAUUGAGGGUUCGCAUUCGGAACGAGAGUCGACUUUUUCUCAUGACGAUCUGCUCAGACGGUGUUGCACCUUGGCGGCGCUGAGAGAUCACCUGAAGUUACCAAGCUCAAUCGUUGCAAAUGUGGCUAGACAGCUCAGAAACUCGCAGAGAGACAUUCGACCUGAAGCACUGUGGGCUUUGAAAAAGCAGCUCUCAGUGACUCCUUUAACAUCGACGAAAUUUCGGGUACUGAACACAAGUCUUGAUAAAUGGCUCCAGUCUCAGGCUUCACAAGUCCUCCACAUUGAAGAAAUGCCGAAUGUUUUUUUCCGCGCCGUCGCACGAGAGCUAGAAGAUGGAGCAGGAAACCUAGAAAUGGCCAUUAAAAAAACGUUGUUCAAUGGAUCAAAGCUCGCUCCAGUUUUGACCGAUAUCAUCUCCCAGAGGCUUGCGGAGAAAGAGCCAGGCGUUCGGGAACUUACUCUGAGGACCCUCGAGCAGGAAGGACAAGCUCAGCCAUGUUUAGGAGACCGAGACCAUAUGUUACGGCUGGCUGCUCCUGAUUGCCUGAAACAGCGAACAUUGCAGAACCUUGAAGCGGUCUCUCAAAAACUCACAAACUCGAUGCUUGACCUGAAAAGGGCAUGUUUCGAAAUCUCGGAAACCAAGUUCUAUAUGAAAUGUCCUGAAAGCGUUGUCGAUGCUGUCGGAAAGCUUCUACGAGAUUCACAGCCUGUUGAUGUACAAAAGGGCGCCCUGCAUUAUUUAUGCGGUCGUGAAUGUUGUACUGGUUAUUUAUCCUGUCCGGAAGAUUUUCCUCCUGCCGUUCUCGUCGCUGUCGUUGAAUCGUUUUUCAGAAUACCCCUUCACAGUCUGCCAGACGCGAGCUCGCUUCCAGCAUUGCCAGAGGCGGCUAUACAAGCCCUCGUUUUUCGGUCCCGUUCUGAUAGCGCUUUGGUUGUCAAGACAUGGAAGGCGUUCCUCAGAAAUCUACUUCUAAAAAGCUUCAAGCAGCAUCUGACGUUUUGGUUCCGUGAUGGUUCCAUCUGGGUGACGGAUGAGAGUGGGGAGCGCAAGGUUGAGGUCGAUCUAGACGGUAUGACGGCUGAUCGGGCUGCACAACUAUUCUGUGAGGGCCUGAGUGACAUUUUAAACGGAGGCGUAUGGCUUCAUCAUAAGACGUCUUAUCUUCCGGGCCUCUGUCGACGAUGA